AUGGAUUCUUCACCAUCUCAUGAAGAAUCUGCUCCUCCAACUGAUGUGGCACCUCCAACGUUUAGUCCUCCGCCCACACCUUCUAGUCCAUCUGAUAGCUCACCACCACCUCCAUCUUCUAGUCCACCUCCUAGUUCACCGCCACCUGUAUCUUCUAGUCCACCUCCUAGUUCACCUCCACCUGAAUCAACUAGUCCGCCACCUAGUUCACCACCACCUAGUUCACCACCACCUCAAUCUUCUAGUCCACCACCAGCCUCACCUCCACCUGAACCAACUCCUUCUUCUCCUGUCAGUUCACCUCCACCAACUUCAUCACCUCCCCCUGCAUUGUCACCUCCACCACACGUACAGAAUCCAGAACCUCCUCCAGCACCACAAUCACAUGGAAAUUCAUCCCCACCACAAUCUCCUGAACCUAAAAAAGGUUCAUCAUCAUCUUCACCACCUUCACCACCUUCAUCCAACUCACCUGGGGAUGGAGGUGGAGGUGGAAAUUCACCACCAUCCCCAAUAUCUACGUCAUCAGAUAAUUCGCCUCCUUCACCAGCCUCAGGCCCUCCUAAAGAUUCGCCACCUUCACCAGCUGCAUUAUCUCCAAGUAACUCACCAUCUUCUGAUUCACCCUCAAACUCAUCAACACCAACAUCUGUAAUACAAUGGUCACCACCACCUCCAUCCUCUAAUGGUCAACAAUCUUCUCUUAAUCCUCCUUCAUCACAAGUUCCUAGUAACCAUAGUUCUGGAAACCAUUCAACAGGAAGUCCAAAGCCUGCUGGUGGCAACAGCAAUGGUACUGCAGAGACAGUUUCCAUUGGCGUUGUAAUUGUUCUUUUUUUGGUUGGUAUCAUCGGAGCAGUUGCAUGGUGCAUACGGAAGCGAAAGAAGAAGAAUUCUGUCCAUUGUAGUGGUUAUGUCAAGCCAAUCUCUGCGUGUUCCUCUCCAAAAUCAGAGUCUGCUUUAUUGAAGGUCAAUGAAUCAACACCUGAGAGAAAUGGAACGAGCUCUAAUUUCCUCAAUUCUCCAGCAGACCCUGGCGGAUUCAACAGUGCAAAGACAUGGUUUACUUAUCAAGAACUUGUUGAGGCCACUAAUGAUUUUUCAGCGAAUAAUGAAUUAGGGAAGGGUGGAUUUGGUUCUGUAUACAAAGGCUAUCUAGCAGAUGGAAGAUAUGUCGCGGUAAAACAGCUAAAUAUUGGUGGGAGCCAGGGCGAACGGGAAUUUAGAGCUGAAGUUGAAAUAAUUAGCCGGAUACACCAUCGUCAUUUGGUUUCACUUGUAGGUUAUUGCAUUUCAGAGAACAAAAGGCUCCUCGUUUAUGACUAUGUAUCCAAUAAUACCCUUUACUUCCAUCUUCAUGCGAGCUGUUGA